AUGUCCAGAUUUGGUGACAUCGAACGCAGAGCAACCUUGACCGGAACGGCGGCCUAUUAUGCACCAGGACUGCCUCGAGCUCUCUCGCGCCAUGAUCGCCUCAAGGAAGGUCACUUCGACGAAUGGCUCCCAAAGGUGCUGGACCUCCUGUGCAAGUACGAUCUGAGCAGCGUCGUUUACAACAUCAUCAACGGCGUUACGACAGACUCUGACUUCGCCGAGCUUCAGAUAUCCUACGCAGCGGCUCAUCUCAUACAGGCUAGCGUUAGGCCCCAUUUCUUAGAGCGCAUCGGCCUAGAGACUCGUCGUAGGGCGGUUCCCUUAGUUCAGCUUCUGCGAAAGCAUUGCCAGCCGUUCCGGAUCAUGGACCUACCUCCGGAGAUGCGAGUCCGUGUCUACGAAAUGGUCCCUGAUCUCGUAGGCCAUACCACCACAGUCAAACUGAAAAGCCAACCGAAGUCAGACAAUCAGACGAAGACGAAGCCAAAGCCGAAGAAGAAGACGGCUGGCAGGAAGACCAAGAAGUCCAAGGCAGUACCAGAAGCGGUGGUGGUAGCAGCACAAGCGGAAGUCUCCAGAACUGGAACUCACUACAUCCCCGGCAUCACACAGGCAAACCAACAACUUCGAGCAGAAACACGUCCUGUCUUCUUCGCCAAUGGUGUCUUCGCGUUUGAGUGGCCGAGCAGGCCGCUUGACCGCGCGAUACAACAGGGCAUGGGGAUAGAUAGCCAGCUCCUCCGCACGAUCGACGCUGGCAGCAUCCGCUUCGCCUUCGAUCAGGAUGUGGGUAUCACUGCGGAGACUACCGGGAAUGCAGAGGUCUCUGAUCGGCAUCAAGAAUUGCUGAAGGCAGAAGUCGAAACUGCGAACUUUAGUAGGGAUCCAGAGGCGGGAGGACGAGCGAUUGUUGAUAUGUUGGCGGAAGGCAUGCGCAUUUGGCAUAGGUCGAGGACAGAGUAG